CUUGCCUUAGCUUGCUGUAGUGAGGUUUCUUGCUCUGACAUUUUCUCCAGACUUCGUUGCCAGCGCAAUCACGAUAGAACGAAAGCAAUGGCUACUCCUGACGCUGCUACCAGCAGCAUCACCCCUCACGCUGAGAAGGUCGCCGCUGAAGCUGUCAAAAUCCCUACCGCUGACUCAAACGAGUCGCUCGGCCAAAAGCUCUCAGAGCCUGGCGCGGACAACAGUGACGCUCCAGACGAGAAUAACGACUCCUCCUCCGCUGCUGAUGCCGCCGCUAAGGCCUCUGCUCCUGAGAAGGACGAGCCUCUCGCUGGUGAAAAAAACGGCACUGCGGACGAGAAGGAGAGCUAUGCCGACAAGAAGAGUGGCCGCAGCUACGAGCGCAACGGCGGUCGAUCGUCUAAGGGCUUCAACGAUCGGAACGCCAAGAACACCGAGUUUGACAAUCUUCCCGAGUCCAAUGACCCGGAUGCCAUCCGUCAGCAGGUCGAGUUCUACUUCUCCAACCAGAACCUGUCCACCGACAAGCAUCUGUUCCACAAGACGCAGGGCCCGCGCAAUGUACCCGUCCCCAUCAAGCAUCUCCACAACUUCAAGCGCAUGAAGCACUUCCAGCCGUACAGUGCCAUUGUUGCCGCUCUCAAAGACAGCGAGCAGCUCGUCGUGGUUGACGAUGGUGUUAUUGGCAACGAGGCCGUCAAGCGCAAAGAACCCCUCACGAUCCCUGGCUACGACGAAGACAAGGACAGCGAACCCACAGAGCGCGAACUGCGCGAGCUCUUCGACCGUCUCUUCAGCAGCUCCCAGAAUUCAAUGAGCAGCAGCAUCUACGCCAAAGGCUUCGGUGACGAGCACACGGUAGGCCAGAUUGAGCUGGAGAAUUUCUUCAGACCCUAUGGCGCUCGUGUGGUGCGCAAACGCCGGGACCAACUAACGAAGGACUGGAAGGGUAGUGUCUUCGUCGAGUUCGACAGUGAGGAGAGUCAGCAGUCGUUCCUCAAGCUUGACCCGAAGCCAAAAUGGAAGGGCCGCGACCUUGUUAUCAUGAGCAAACAGGACUACAGCCUCAAGAAGUGCAAGGAAAAGGGUAUCACUCCAAGCUGGAUGGGGGGCAACGACAACACACGUUCCAAAGGAUAUCGUUCUCGUGGAGGCCCUAGUGGGCGCGGACACCGUGGACAUCCGGACUCUCGACGCGACCAUCACCGGCGUGACAACCGGCGUGACAACCGUCGUGACAACCGUCGUGACAACCGUCGUCGCAACGAAUCUCGAUCUCGUUCGCGAUCCCCCUACGAGGGGCGUCGCCGUGGCCGUGAUGGGAGCGGUUCUCGCGACCGUGACAGGAGCGGCUCUCGUGACCGAGACGACUGGAACAGCCGACGGGACAAGUUCCAGAAGUCAGAGAGGUACCACGGCAAAGACCGACACGGCCGCCAUGACAGGGACAAGCACCAUGGCAAGGACACCCGUGACAGGAACACUAAGCGCAAGGCAGAUGAUUCAGACUGUGAUGAUUCUCCCAAGAAGAGUAAGAUCGCGAUUGCCGAGGAUGCUUAAACCUACCAGCUCUCGCAUCUAGUGCUUCUAACAUUCCAAUUUCCUGGGCAGUUGAAUACUGGGUGGCAUAGUUCAUGGAAUGGCGUUCACGGCUUUUCAUAGAUACCACAUGAGGUGACAGUGAUAGUUGGC